AUGAAACUUUUCAUUCUUUCCCUAUCCUCACAGAAAAAAUCAAGCCGUAAACAACAUGAAUAUCUUUCAUCGUUGAUCGGAACCACAUCCACGGUUUCUAGAGGUGGUAAUCAUUCAAAAUUACCCAUCACUGAAAUUAAUUUAAAUGAUGAAGUUCAACAAGUAGAGAUUGAUGAACUGAAUGAAGUGGAAGAUUUGGUCGGAUCACCUUCUUUGAUUUAUGUGCUUGAUCGUUAUACAAGACAAGUAUUUGAACUGUCGAGUAAUGAGAGUGAUCGUGCGAAUGUGGAUGAUCUGUCCACUUCUCAUAUCAAAUGGAAAGUUGAAAAACUUCAAUUUGGUACCGAGGAUACAACUGCACAUUUGAGGGUUUUAAAAAUCUCAACCUAUACAGAACAUGCUCUAUUUCUAUUGGAGGACAUGAGAACAAGAGAAACAUUUCUAUAUGGACGUGGAUCUAAUGCGUAUAGUCGUUUGUCGAACGAUGAAAAUAUAGAUUUAGAUCAGCCUGUUUUUUCGCCGCAUUUACAAUUGCAUAAUAAUCAGAGUCGAGUGACGCAUGUUGGAUGCUGUUUCUCAUUUAGUGUGUGUAUUGUUAAUGAUACGGAUGUUCAUAUGACAGGUCAGAACUGGAUUGACAAUUCAACAGGUUACCAUAAUUGGGUCAAUAGAGCUCAUGUUUGCCCUAAACCUGUCAAGUCGUUGCAUUGUGGCAAUUUCCAUUUCAUCAUAUUACUGGUUGAUGGGAGUAUGUGUGUUGCUGGAUCAUAUUCCUCCGGGCAACUGAUUAUGACCAAUAUAACACCAUUUCAACAAAUCCCAACCUCUUGGAGCUUUCAUGCAGGAGUGUAUGCCAAGUUAGGCACCAAUUGUUCCUUAUUGACAUCCAUGUCCAACACAUAUCACUUCUUUGGUGGGCCACCGUUUAAGGUUGAAGGUGAUGAUCGGCGAGUGAAGAGUCCUCUUGUCAUGGAUCAUCAUGACUCAAAGGAAUUUCCAUACGAUGAAGCGUUUUUGGGAAGAGAAUAUGGAGCAUUUCACUUUAAAAAAAAUCAUCUUUUAUAUAUACUGGGUAAUGCGAAUGGUAUCAGUUAUAAUCACAUUAUUAGAUAUUCUUCCUUAUUUUCGACACAACCUCACAUUUGCACGUUACCCAUGCAUAUUGUAUUCUACCUUAAUCCAACACAAUCAGCAUUCCACAAGAAAUUACUCGAGAAGGUUUACUUGGAGAGCCAGCAUACUAUUAGUGACAUGCUAAUUGCGACACAACAUUAA